AUGGCCUUCGCAAAACACCUCACCCCGCCAUACUACGCCGUAAUCUUCACCUCCACCCGGCGGCAGGACGACACGACGGACGCGUACGCCAACACCGCAGAUCGCAUGGGGCAGCUCGCGUCGAGCCAGGAAGGCUUUCUGGGGGUUGAGAGCGUGCGCGGCGCCGACGGGCUGGGGAUCACCGUGUCGUACUGGCGCAGCCUGGAGGACAUUGCGGCCUGGAAGGCCGUCAGCGAGCACCUUCGCGCACAGGAGCGCGGGCGGAAGGAAUGGUACGACCACUACGAGGUGCGCAUCGCGCGCGUCGAGCGCGCGUAUGAUAUUCGAAGGGAGGGCAAGUUGUAA